AGAGGAGCGAAGCGUUGUCUUGACGUUUCUUUGUGUAAUAGCAUAUGAUGUAUUUCCUUGUUUAAGAGUUUUGGUGAAGUCGUUCAUGAUACAGUCUUUCGUAUUAUUUACCCACUGGAUAUUAACUUUUUUUUGAACCUGAAGUUGUACCUGCCAUUUAGAUGCUGUUAAAUAAUACUUGAUGUAAGGUAAAUAUUAUUUAUUAUGGUAUCAAGUACAUUCAGCCAGCACGAGGACCUGGGUGUUGUUACUGCUUUCAUCGUUAGUGCUCCACAGCUUAUCAAUGAUCAAGUCUUUAUAUACUUUAUAAAUGUAUUUUCAAAUCUGUACAUUCUGUUCCCUCUUUUGCCUUUAUACUUUAGUUUCUUCCUCUGUUAAAUGGAUAUAUUAAUAUAACCAACUCUAUAGGUUUCUUGUGAAGAUUACAUACCUAACAUACUAUAAGUGCAUUUCAAAUAUUGGCUAAUUAUGAUAUUGUUACUGUACUAUACUGGAUUAGAUCACUGUCAUUGUGUACCAGGAUUUCCAGAGUAACUCCAUAUUGGUCUUCAUACUUCUACUUACCCAUCUUCCAGUUCCCAGUCCUCUACUUCACCCUGUUGAAUUACUCAUAUUUCACACUCCCUAAUGGGCUCCAUGUUGCCAUUGGGAUAAAGUCGAUGAAAUUUUCUGUAAUGUACCUUAGAGAUCUUUAGCCUCUUUCUCUUAAUAUUCUGCCCCCUUUUACUCAGUUCAUAGGUGAGCUGGAGGAAUCCUGUCAGAAAACAGAUGAGUUGGGUAUGACUCUGCCAGGACAAAUAGACAGUGAAGUGCUUUCUGGUUCUCGAGCUUGGCCCAAACAAUCCUAGUUUAUAAAGAUUUUAGGCAGAUAUUUUUAAUAACCAGAUACCCAUUCCGGUUAUAAAGAUUUUUUAAUAAGGCAUGCAUAGAUGUGCAGGAGCUUCUGCAGUACAACUUCUUUGUAUAAUCUCCAUGAGAAACUGCAUUAUAAGGCAACUUAAUGGGGUGAUUUGCUUUGUGGAAUUAAUUAUGAGCCAAUUAAAAAUUGAUGAACUCCUAACGAAGAUGGUAACUUUAGUUUUAGAAUGAUUCAUUUAGAGCUCUUCUUUUUAACAUUAUAUAUAACAUUAAUACACCAAGGCUUAUUUGUUAAGAUCACAACCUUUAGACUACAUGUAUUAGCAACUGUUUAUCUUUCUGUUCUUUGUUGCAGGAGGGUAUGGUUCCAUUCCAUUUUAUCCAAACAUGAUAUCAGAUUAUCCAGGAACAAGUUAAAAAGAAGGGAGACUGGUUCCAGAACACAUCUCUGGAAAUUACCCUAUGGACCCUGACUCUCAUGGCAACAUUACAAUCAGAUAUAAUUUCGACAGUAGAAUUUAAUCAUUCUGGAGAAUUACUAGCAACAGGAGAUAAAGGAGGUAGAGUCGUCAUCUUUCAACAGGAGCAGGAGAACAAAAUCCAGUCUCAUAGCAGAGGAGAAUAUAAUGUUUACAGCACCUUUCAGAGCCAUGAACCAGAGUUUGACUACUUGAAAAGUUUAGAAAUAGAAGAAAAGAUCAACAAAAUUAGGUGGUUACCCCAGAAAAAUGCUGCUCAGUUUUUAUUGUCUACCAAUGAUAAAACAAUAAAAUUGUGGAAAAUCAGUGAAAGGGACAAAAGACCAGAAGGGUAUAACUUGAAAGAGGAAGAUGGAAGGUAUAGAGAUCCUACUACAGUCACUACACUACGAGUGCCAGUCUUUAGGCCCAUGGAUCUAAUGGUUGAGGCCAGUCCUCGAAGAAUAUUUGCCAAUGCUCAUACAUACCACAUCAACUCAAUUUCUAUUAAUAGUGAUUAUGAAACAUAUUUAUCCGCAGAUGAUUUGCGAAUUAAUCUUUGGCAUCUGGAAAUUACAGACAGGAGUUUUAAUAUUGUGGAUAUCAAGCCUGCCAACAUGGAAGAGCUAACAGAAGUGAUUACAGCAGCAGAAUUCCAUCCAAACAGUUGUAACACAUUUGUUUACAGCAGCAGUAAAGGAACUAUUCGGUUAUGUGACAUGAGGGCAUCUGCCCUCUGUGAUAGGCAUUCUAAACUGUUUGAAGAACCUGAAGAUCCCAGUAACAGGUCUUUCUUUUCUGAAAUAAUCUCCUCGAUUUCUGAUGUAAAAUUCAGCCAUAGUGGUCGAUAUAUGAUGACUAGAGACUACUUGUCAGUCAAAAUUUGGGACUUAAAUAUGGAAAACAGGCCUGUGGAAACAUACCAGGUGCAUGAAUACCUCAGAAGUAAACUUUGUUCUCUGUAUGAAAAUGACUGCAUAUUUGACAAAUUUGAAUGUUGUUGGAAUGGCUCUGAUAGUGUUGUCAUGACUGGAUCUUACAAUAAUUUCUUCAGAAUGUUUGACAGGAACACAAAGCGAGACAUAACCCUCGAAGCAUCGCGGGAGAACAAUAAACCUCGCACGGUUCUGAAGCCACGCAAAGUCUGUGCAAGUGGCAAGAGAAAGAAAGAUGAAAUAAGUGUUGACAGUCUAGACUUCAACAAGAAAAUACUUCAUACAGCCUGGCACCCCAAGGAAAAUAUCAUUGCUGUAGCUACUACAAACAAUCUGUAUAUAUUUCAAGACAAAGUGAAUUAGGGUUGGCAUUCCUAGCAGAAGAGCCCACUUCCUGCUUAGUUGAGAUAGUUGAAUCUAGCAUUUGUACCUAAAAAAGAGAGAGGUCCAUUGUGGCGCCCCUUUCCAGUGUUUGACAAUGUGCCAUUCAACAACACAUUUUUUAUAGCUACAUGGAGAAAGCUCUGUGGGUUCGUCACUGUGGCGUUCUCCAUGUCUGCUAGCCAUUUAGGUAAGGGUAGGGCACUUUUAAUUUAAACGACUUCUUGCACCAUCUUGCCUAAUGGACUAGAUUGGACUGUAUCAACAUUGAUUUACUCCACUUUUUAUGCCUUCCAUUGUGAUGACGUCAAACACAGUGAAAGCCUCAGUCAUGCUUAUGGGAUUUAAUUGUGUAUCCUCAUUACUGUAUCACUUGUGGGGUACACCCCUCCACCCUUUUUUAAAUUAAAUACAGCUCAUUCUUACUGUGGCUUGUAGCAUUCCUCUUCUGGCCUCCUGGACUCUUCCCCUCCAUGUCUCUUACCCAUGCCCCCUCCACCCAGUCUUGGUGGUGGUGUAUUAAAAAAAGAAAGAACGAAAGCACACAAAAGGAGUCAGUUUGGGGUCAGUGGGAAAGGGGGUAUAUAUUGCGAACAAAUGUUUUCAUAACAGUUGGCUGUAAUCACUCCUUGCCGUGUCUGGCACUGAAAAUAAGGGAAAAAAAACUACUACUGAAUAAAAGUGACAAAGAAUGGUGAAUCUGGUUUUCUUUUUCUUUUUAAUCUACCUCUUUAAGCCAGUAUUUUGUGUCAUAACUUUGGGCGAAAUGAAAUGAGUUUCCAUUGUUUUAUUGGUAUUUUUGUUAAUUAUUUUGAACAAGUGUUCUUUAACAUGGAGAAGGAGAGGUAUUGGUUCUUUAUGAACAUGUUUUGGAUAUAUAUUGGUAUUACUAAGGAUUUCACAAUCUAUAAAUGCCAUUAGAGACUUUUUUUUUACUGUAGUUAUAAGGGUAUUGGAUACGUUGUAUCUACACUUACCUGUUAAUGAAAUUAUUGUAAAUGGGAACCAAAUUUGUAGCUUCAUUUUAAAAGACUUUUUACAGUACUUAAUUUCAUUUUUGCCUUACUAAAUACUAAGUCAAAGACUUAAAAAACUUUUUUAACAAGUAAAAACUUUUUUUGUCAUGCAAUCAUAAAACAUAACACAAAACUAUCCUCAAGUGAUUUACUUAAAAUUGACACUGCACUAAAUAAUUUUUUUGUAUUUUACUGCUAUCAAAUCUGAAUGAAAUGUACUUUGCCAUAGAUGUUUUUUCUCUAUUUUUGGUUUUCCAAAGCUAUUAAUAUUAAAGACAAACUUUAAAGAUACAGUGUUCGAAAAGUGUUUAAUGGACUCCAACAGCUGCCUCAAAUAAGAAUUUAGUAAUCUGUAUAUGACUACAUUUCCCUAAAUGGUGAUACCUAUCCAAAGAUGAAGAGUACCCCUAUUUUAUAUAGGUAGAAUGUACCUUUGUCAGUCUUGCAGAAGCUUUAAUGGAGAACAAAUGGACUUUAUUUUUAAAAGAUAAAUUGAGUAGGCAUUUAUAUUAUUAAAGAAUGGUAGUAUGCUUUGCUUGAGCAGUAAUUAACAACCUUGAAUUUUAGAGGACUCGAGUGCUUCUAUAUAUGUCCACUACCUAUUGUUCUAUUCUCAUCAAUGAAAAAUGAUUAAACAAAUUGACCAUAAUUCCCUUUACACUUAAUCAAAUAUUAUGUCUUGUAAGUUAACAUUUUUUUAGCAUACAGGAGGAAUUUUAUGUAAUAAAAUUACUGUAUCUUUUGGACUUAACAAAUUUGAAUUUGUAUUUAAACACAUUGAUUAUAUGUCUGAUCAUUCUUAAAAUAAUGGCACUUUUACUAAUUUAUUUGGGGAUCUUGGGUGCAUUCGUAAUUUGUGUUAUUUAUUCUUCACACUUGGAAGUGGGCUAUUCUGCCACCAGUAUCAAACACUGAUACUCAGGCAAUUUUCCAGAUCUUUUUGGAAGAUUGUUUCCCUAAAGUUUGGGUGUAGAUCUUGAGAAAACACCACCAAACAGCUUUCGGAAAUUUUUUAAUUCAGCAGUAGCUAUAAUGAUUCUCAUUCGUGACACUAAAGGUUAGUUUUUUAUAUUUAAGAGAAACAUUGCUGAAAUUAAAAUGCCUCUAUAAAGGAAUGCUAUUAUAAAUUAUUGUAACAAUAUUCUCAAGUAUCAAUUUUUAAUUUCUUUGGUGUAGCAAACUAUAAGCCCAGCCACUCAUAUGGUCAUGGUUAAUCUUUUUAUUAAUAAAAGUUAUACUUAGAAUAAACCUAGUCUUGUCAAGUUGCUUGUAUUCUAUUCUCUUGACACUACAAACGUACAUAUUCUACCCCUCUGUCUUAACCUUUUAAAAAAAAACUACAUUCUGUUAAUCUCCUUUGAUCUUUAUUUAGUGGCUGGGCAAUAGUUACAAGUCUGUAUAUAAAUACAUUUUAUAUAACUACUGGAUAUUAAGCUUUCUUCUGUGAAGCUGUUAGUCUUGGAAUAAAAGAAAUACACUUUUUUCCCCCCUUU